CAGCACCAUACCUAUCGACUAUGUUACCCAUCAUGUUACCCAUCUACAAAUACUGGCAGUGUCCCUUACUAUUGGGUUGGAUGCAAGAUGUACUACGUGCUGGCUGGAAAGGAGAACAUGGAAUCUUCGUAUCUCAUGAGCAAGGGCAAAGCUUUGGAGACGUUCCCGAUGCUUAGACAGGAUGGCCUCGUAGGCGCGCUGGUUUACUAUGACGGUCAACAUAACGAUUCACGGAUGAACUCGCUUUAAUCAUGACGGCAGUACAGCAAGGCGCGAUUGCUGCGAACCACGUCGAG